ACUCAGCCGAAAACCACACACACUAUCCGGCGAUAGUCACUAGUUGGAGGCGAUCACUGAAAAGUAAAACACUCUCACUCUCCACUGGUGUAGUAAUAUGUUUCGUGUAUCGCAGGAGAUUCGCUUGAAUACAAGCGGUAGCGCUGAAGUUGUGCGUUACUGCAACAACACAAAUGUCGACAGUGAAAAUGAUUGUAUUUUUGGAAAAUACCAAAGAACCCCAGAUGCGGAUGCGUAUCCCACCGAAAGCCCCCUCGUGCUUGUCGCACCCGAACUAACAGAUCCCAGCAGGGUGCAACUACUUCACCUUCCCAAUGGCGCAAUGCGGGUGAAUUCGGAAGUGGAUUUCAUAAUUAAACGUAAUGGUGUGAAGGGCAACUUUGAAGUUAAGAUCGAAAGCCCAUCUGGCAUAAAUAAUGUCAUGCCUCUACAAAUACUUGAUCCAGAACGUUUGAACGUCAACUUUUUCCUGAGCGAGGCGGGCCUCUACAAAGUGCACAUCAAGUGUAAUUCAGUGCCAUUACCCAAAUCACCAUUUAUCAUAAUCUCCAUUUGUGGCGAAGCCGAGAGCAGUGCUCGUAAAAUGGAAUUGCCUGUUUUCAAAUCAGAUGCCAGUUGUGUGACCCAUCGCGGAAUUGGCUUAACUCACAUUUCACUCGAUGAGAAGAACGAAUUUACGGUUGACGGUUCGGCAGCGGGCAACAACAUGCUUUUCGUUGGCAUAUUCGGGCCGAAAGGACAAUGUGAUGAGGUUGUCAUUAAGCAUACCGGAAAUAAUAUUUACAAAAUUACAUAUGAAGUGCGUGAUCCAGGCGAUUAUCUACUAGUGGCCAAGUGGGGUGACGAGCAUAUACCCGGUUCACCUUUCCAAUUGAGUGCCAUUUAAUGUGAGAGGCGAAUAAGUUGGUUGUUAUUUUCGUUCAUUUUCCAUACUUAAGUAAGCUUACCAAAUGACCCGUCGCACAUAAUUUAAUUUUAAUUAUUAAUUAUUAACAUUAUUAAAGUAGUUAUUUGAAUAAAA